AUGGAGCCCGGCAAUUAUGCCACCUUGGACGGGGCCAAGGAUAUCGAAGGCUUGCUGGGAGCGGGUGGGGGUCGGAAUCUAGUCGCCCACUCCCCACUGACCAGCCACCCUGCGGCGCCUACGCUGAUGCCUGCGGCCAGCUAUGCCCCCCUUGAUCUACCAGGUUCUGCGGAGCCCUCGAAGCAGUGCCACCCAUGCCCGGGGGUGUCCCAGGGGGCGUCCCCAGCUCCGGUGCCUUACGGCUACUUUGGAGGCGGGUACUACUCCUGCCGAGUGUCCCGGAGCUCACUGAAACCCUGUGCCCAGGCGGCCACUCUGGCAGGCUACCCCGCGGAGACUCCCGCGGCUGGGGAGGAGUACCCCAGUCGACCCACCGAGUUUGCCUUCUAUCCGGGGUACCCGGGACCCUACCAGCCUGUGGCUAGUUACCUGGAUGUGUCGCUGGUGCAGACCCUGGGCGCCCCUGGGGAGCCCCGCCACGACUCCUUGCUGCCGGUGGACAGUUACCAACCCUGGGCCCUGGCUGGUGGCUGGAACAGCCAGAUGUGUUGCCAGGGAGAACAGAACCCACCGGGUCCCUUCUGGAAGGCGACAUUUGCAGACUCCAGUGUGCAGCAUCCUCCUGAAGGGUGUGCCUUCCGCCGGGGCCGCAAGAAACGUAUUCCCUACAGUAAGGGGCAGCUGCGGGAGCUGGAGCGGGAGUACGCAGCUAACAAGUUCAUCACCAAGGACAAAAGGCGCAAGAUUGCGGUGGCUACCAGCCUCUCAGAGCGCCAGAUCACCAUCUGGUUUCAGAACCGCCGGGUCAAGGAGAAGAAGGUCUUAGCCAAGGUCAAGACCAACGCUACCCCGUGA